AUGGCACCUCACCCAUUCAAGAUCCUCAACGUAGAGGAGACACGCAUCGCGCGUGACACUGUGCUCUCCCUCCACAAAGAUUGUGUUGUCGACUUUCGAGAGAUCUACCUCCAAGAACCGGAAAAGGAGCUUAUGAAACAGUACCUUGACCUAGAACAUACAGCAAAGCCAGGACAGUCACCAGCUUCCAAACGACCUGCGCGGUUGGCGAAGUGUCAAUACGAUGUCAUUGGCUCCGACAAGAUACCAGAGUACCACGAGUCUGUCAUCGAUGUUGAACAGAGGAAGAGAGUACGACACGAGGUUGUCGGAAAGGAGAACCAGGCUAGCUUAACAUUGUGGGAGUUCCAACAUCUGGUCAAAGCAUGCGAGGAGAGCGAGAUGUUCAAAGAAGCCAUGGCUGAAAUGAAGCUACCCGAUGGAUUCGAGUUGGUCGUUGAGCCUUGGCCGUACGGUGGUCUUGAAAUUGGCGCCGAGAACCGAAGAUACUUCCAAGGAUUGUGCUUUGCCCAGGACACAAGGAAUGGAAACGCCGAUUCAAACUUCUAUGCCUACCCCUUACCACUAAUUCCUGUCAUGGAUGCGCAAACGAGGAAGAUCAUUCGCGUUGAUCGCCUAGCCACAGGUGGAAAGGGCGAUAGUCUCACAGGUCAGACACACUCCGAGCGCGUCCUAGACCAUUGCGAGGGUGCGGAAUACGUCCCCGAGAUGCUAGAAGGCGGUCUUCGACAAGACGUGAAGCCCAUCAACAUCACACAACCAGAGGGACCUUCCUUCAAGGUCACCGACGAAUCACUAGUCGAAUGGCAAAAGUGGAGCUUCAGGGUUUCGUUCAACCCACGUGAAGGAGCCGUUCUGCACGACGUCAAAUAUGACGGUAGAAGCAUCAUGUACCGGAUGAGUAUAAGUGAGAUGUCUGUCCCAUACGCCGAUGCUCGUCCACCGUUCCACCGCAAGCAAGCUUUCGAUUUUGGUGACGGAGGUGCUGGCAACUGUGCCAACAACCUAUCACUAGGCUGCGACUGUCUCGGUGUGAUCAAAUACUUCGAUGCGGUUAUUGUUGGAUCCGAUGGUGAGCCAAAGGUUCACCCCAACGUUGUCUGUCUUCAUGAGCAAGACAACGGUAUUGGCUGGAAGCACACCAACUGGCGAACCGGACGCGCAGUAGUAACACGACUACGAGAACUCGUUGUUCAGUUCAUCAUCACUCUAGCCAACUACGAAUACGUCUUCGCCUAUAAGCUUGACACCGCUGGUGGUAUCACGCUCGAAGUCCGAGCAACUGGCAUCGUGUCCGUCGUCAACAUCGACCCUGGCAAGACAUCAGAAUACGGCAACGUCGUAUCAGGUGGUGUACUUGCCCAAAACCACCAGCACAUCUUCGCAGCGCGUUUCGACCCAGCAAUCGACGGCCACAAAAACACAGUCCUCUACGAAGAAUCCCACACGGCGCCCUGGGACAAAGAAACCAACCCCAACGGCAACUUCUACGAGAUCCGCAAGACAACCAUCGAUAAGUCGUCUGGCGUCGACGCGAAUCCCUUCGAUCACCGCGUCUUCAAGAUCAUCAACCCGUCGAAGACGAACCCAAAGUCUGGUAACCCCGUUGGAUACAAGUUCGCACCGCUGCCCACGCAGAAGAUACUCGCUAGCCAAGGAAGCAUUCAAGCACAACGAGCUCUUUUCACAAACCACCAUGUGUGGGUGACCAAGUACCAGGACGAUGAGCUGUACGCUGCAGGUAGAUUUACGCUCCAGAGUCAGCUUGAGCGAGGUGGUGUACACGACAUGGCUGCACGAAAGGAUAAUGUCGAGAACGAGGAUCUGGUUCUCUGGAACGUUUUCGGACUGACACAUAACCCACGAGUGGAAGACUGGCCAGUUAUGCCGGUUGAGAUCUACCAAGUACAUUUCAAGCCCAGCGACUUCUUCGAGCGCAACCCGGCCAUCGACGUACCGAGCACGAAGAACAACGCGUCGGUUUUGGUUGAGAAGGGAUGUUGUUCUGGGGAGCAGAAACUGUGA